AUGUUCCCAACCAGGGGCCACAAAACCGGCUUGGUCGCUCCCCAAGGAGGGAAACUGCCGGACGAUGAACAAUUGGAGUUCGAUGAAUUCACAUGCCUCACUGUUUCCAUAUCUGUCCCAGAGUCUCAAUUGUCCCUGCCGACGACUAAGGCAUUGCCGGCCAUGGUAUAUAUCCAUGGAGGGGCCGCACAGGAUGGCUGUGGUCACGUUGAUGGCAUACACGAUAAUGCUCCCUUGACAGCAUUUUCUCACUCUAUUUUCCUGCCAGUCAUCGUUGUCAACAUCGGCUAUCGCUUGAACUGGGUAGGAAGCAUCGUCUGUCAAGACCUCUUGGAUGAACACACCUCUAACCCUACGAGCACUCACGGCCCCUUUAAUCUUACUAUCCAAGAUCAGAGAAACGCAUUUGCUUGGAUACAUAAAUUCGUCGGUGGUCUUGGUGGCGAUGUAUCGAACAUCACGGCAUUCGGCGAAUCUACUGGAAGCAUCUUCAUGCUAUAUCACAUUAUCGGCUCGGAGCAACGCAUGUUCGAUCGUGCCAUCCUGUCAAUCCGGUCCGGAUAUCAAGCACUUUUGAAGCAUUUUAACAUCAACGGCGAAAAUGGCCAAGAGAGACUUGAGCAGCUACGCCAUGUUGAUGCCGCAGCACUUGCCAAGUUCCCAGGCACGCACACGAUGCCAUUUGUCGGAGAAGUCCCAGGCAUUAAAAGGGAAGACUCGCUCUUCACCAGAGGCUCUCCCACGUACUCGAGCCAAUUUGAACUCAUUCCAACAAACAAAUGGCUGGGUGACAUGAUGAUCGGCGACGACCUCUGGGAAGGCCAGACAAUCUUUGAGAUGCUCAAGCGAGCCCAACCAAAGGCACUCGUGGAAAUGGUGAGCUCACUUUUUGGAAACGAUGUAGCACAGGAACUGCUCGAAGCGUAUGAAAUUCCCAUCUCGGGAGACAUUGACAGCAACCGCUUCUUGCUCCAGCUAUCGUACUUCAUCGGCGACGUACUGUUUUCCGUACCAAUCGACAAGCUGGCAAAGAUCCUGGCGACCGCUGAAACUUCAGGUAUAGAGGCAAGGAGACGGAAAAUCUACCGUUACUCCAUUGCCUUCUCCAACCCUUUCGCGGACAGUACCCGCAGUUUUGCACCAGGACAUCGUUUUGGAGAAAUCCUGUACCUCUUCCUCACAGUUUUAGAGCGGUAUCCAGCGCGGCGAGGUAAAUGGCUGGAACAACAGGCACGAGGGACUGCAAGGAGAUGGAUCACGUUCGCCUACGAGCAGGCGCCCUGGGACGAUCACCGCAUCUCCGCAGAUGGCACGGACGCAUCUGAAGCGAAGAUCGCGAUUGCUGACGACCUGCAAGGCUGA